AAUCUCCCACUUUGCCUGUUUUUACUUCUUCAAUAUCCAUAAAACCGCAAGUAUCACUCAUCUCAGGAAGCAAAGUUAAGUAUGGUGUAAGACAGAAAUGUUACGAAAAAAUUAUUGAAAUUUUAAAAAAACAAAAUCCUUGCUAUGAUGUACAAAAAAUUUAUCAACUAGCUUUGGAAAAAGAGUUAAAGAUAUACAAUAAAUCUUCACGAUAUAAUUAUAAUCUAUUGGCCUCUACCUUGUUUGAGGAAUUGUCUAAAUCCGAAAUUUCCGCGAAUUUGCCAACUAGCAAAAAAGUGCGCACAAAGUCGGUUUAUAAUCGAUUCUUAAACUACGUUCUCACGGCCGAACAGCUUGAGGAUAAUAAUUUCCCCACUUAUAUAAAAAGGCGUCUUGCUCUCAAAAGUGAGAAAGAAAAAUCUAGAAUCGAAUUCAUGGAUAAGGAAUCUACUGAAAAUCUCUUUUCGAAAGAGCCUCGAGAUUGCUCUCGUUGUCACAAAACCUUCAGCUAUGCCGAGGUCUCCCAAAGUUGUUUAUACCAUCCUGGCCCGCUGUACUUUAAACGAGAUAAACUAAAAGGCAUCCGUGAAUUUCGUUAUGCUUGUUGCUGCGCUGUGCAGGAUAUGAAGGGAUGCCGGUUUUCAAACUAUCAUGUGUGGGAAAACAGCAAUCCGGAUUACUCUGAAUUUGUAUGUACCGAGAAGAGGCUUCUAGAGAAACAAGAAGGUGCCUGCAGAGUUUUUGCCCUCGAUUGCGAAAUGUGCUACACCCGUAAAGGCAGUGAGCUCGCUCGUAUUACGAUUCUGGAUGAGUUUGAAAAUUUAGUGUACGAUAAGUUGGUGCUUCCUGCAGAAGAAAUUAUUGACUACAACACAGAAUUCAGCGGCAUAACUUCUGAGCUCCUUGAAAACGUCACCGUGAGGAUUGAGGACGUGCAGCGGGAGCUACUCGAAUUUAUAUUCUCCGAUACAAUCCUCGUUGGUCACUCUUUGGAAAAUGAUCUUCUUGCUUUAAAGAUGUGCCAUGAACUUGUUAUUGAUACGAGCAUCCUAUUCCCUCAUCCCCACGGACAGCCUAAAAAAAAGUCAUUAAAGCAUCUCGCUGAAGAAAUUUUAAAGAAAAGUAUACAGAAUCGAGGAAGUUUCGGUCAUGAUUCUAAAGAAGACGCCCUCGCGGCCUUUCAGCUUGUUAUGCAUAAGUUAAAAGAAGAUUUACUGGAAGAAAAAAGGAAAGAGAUAGCUAAUAAAAAAAAGGCCAAUGCUAAAUAAAGUUUAUAAAACA